CGUUUCGUGUUUUGUGCUUCUUUGCUGUGUUUGAAGCGGUAUGUCUGCUGGACACCGGCAUGCUCUUCCCCCGGGAGUCUUCCUCCAGAGAGGUGAAGGAGCUGAACGGGCGGUGGGACUUCAGGGCUGACAAGUCCCCAAACAGUAACCAGGGCUUCGACAAGGCUUGGUACAAAAGUCGCCUGGCAGAGACGGGCCCAGUGAUUGACAUGCCAGUUCCUGCCAGCUACAAUGACAUCACCCAGGACCCCACGCUGAGAGAUUUCAUUGGCUGGGUGUGGUAUGAGCGAGAGGUGGUGGUGCCUGCCCGCUGGAUCGCCGAUGAAGGAACAAGAGUUGUUCUCAGAGUGGGAAGUGCUCACUAUUAUUCAGUAGUGUGGGUGAACGGGGUGAAAGUGACGGAGCAUAACGGUGGCCAUCUUCCUUUUGAGGCUGAGAUAGGCAGUUUAAUCCGCAAGGACCCAACUCAGCCAUGUAGGAUCACCAUCGCUGUCAACAACACUCUGACUCUGGACACUCUUCCUCCAGGAAAUAUCCAGCACAUGGACGACCGCACACAGUAUCCUGAUGGUUAUUUUGUGCAAAACACCUACUUUGAUUUCUUCAACUAUGCUGGCAUACAUCGUUCUGUGUUGCUGUAUACUACUCCUAAGGCUUAUGUGGAUGACAUCACUGUGGUGACUGACUUCUUGGAUAACACUGGUCUAGUCAACUACAAGGUGUCAGUCCAAGGUGCUGCCACAGCCACCCUGAAUGUCACUUUGAUGGACAAAAAUGCCCGCUGUGUGGCUUCCUCCAGCGGGCCAUCUGGAGUGCUCAUAGUAGUAGAUGUCAAUCUGUGGUGGCCGUACUUGAUGCAUGAGAAUCCAGCUUACCUUUACUCUAUGGAGGUUCGCUUAAUGGCAACCGAUGGCAGAUCCACGUAUGAGGAUGUGUAUACUCUACCAGUCGGCAUCCGCACAGUCAACGUUACCAGCACACAGUUCCUCAUCAACAACAAGCCCUUCUAUUUCCAUGGAGUCAAUAAACAUGAGGACUCUGAUAUUCGAGGUAAAGGCUUCGACUGGCCCCUGAUUGUCAAGGACUUUAACCUAUUGAAGUGGUUGGGGGCCAACUCAUUCCGCACCAGCCACUACCCCUAUGCUGAGGAGAUCCUGCAGAUGUGUGACCGCCACGGCAUUGUGGUGAUAGAUGAGUGCCCGGGGGUGGGCAUCGCAGACAUUCGCAGUUUUGGAAAUGCCUCCCUGACCCAUCACCUAGCUGUCAUGGACGAACUCGUACGUCGGGACAAGAACCAUGCCUCUGUGGUCAUGUGGUCUGUAGCCAAUGAGCCGGCUGCAGAGAUGCCCCCUGCUGACUUCUAUUUCAAGACGUUGAUAAAACAUACCAAAGCUCUGGAUCCAACCCGGCCUGUCACUUUUGUCACAAGAACUGAUUAUGCCAGUGACAGAGGGGGAUCUUCCGUGUGGUGGGGAACAAGAAGGGUAUUUUCACCAGGGAAAGGCAGCCCAAAGCCGCAGCAUUCGUCCUGAAAGAGAGGACUUGGAGACUGUCAUUCUGACACCCGCCAGUUGGUGCACGCAUUUCAGGACAGCCUUUACCCCAUGUAAACACUAUGCCUUAUGGGAAAAAAUGCUGGUAACAUUCUGUCAGUUUCUGGAGGCAGUAUAGUUAAGCACAUACAGUUUAGAACAUUUAAUUAAUUCAUACUACUAUACUGUUAAUGUGAAUUGCAAUGCUGAAUCUAAUCAGAAGUGUUUUAUUUUUAAAUGUGAAAAUCAAGAGAAUCAAUUUUGAUAUGAAUCAAGCUAUUAAAGACAAAAUACUGUAUGUACUCAAUAUGCGAGCUGUAUUUUUUUUUUUUUUCCCCAAAGCAU